AUGACAGACCCAAUACGUCACACAUCUACGGACGACGAGACGAAGAACAAGAAGCGCAAGAGAAAGAGAGGGAAGAAACCAUCGGAAGAAUCAGAGCCUCGAAACCCUUAUCAGGCCCAACAAAACGAAGAAGAAGAGAAAGGAGAAGGUGAUGAUAACAAUAAGGAGAAGAAGACGAAAAUAUUGAAGGGAAAGGAAGAGGUCAACGAGGAAAACAAAGAAGAAGAAGCAGAGGGGGUGGAGGAGGAGAAUAAGAGGAAGAAGAAUGUCAAGAGAGGUGGAGGAACUGGGAUUAUGAGCACAGACUCUUUUGAUUCAUUGAAUUUGUCUGCCAACACUUUCAAGGCCAUUCAGGAACUAAACUUUCAGUAUAUGACUGAGAUUCAAGCAAGAGCAAUCCCAUCACUAUUGAUCGGAAAAGAUGUCCUGGGAGCUGCUAGGACAGGAUCCGGGAAGACUCUUGCUUUUCUUAUACCAGCUGUGGAGUUGCUAUAUCACAUAAAGUUUACUCCUCGUAAUGGAACGGGUGUUGUUGUUAUUUGUCCAACACGGGAACUUGCAAUUCAGACCUAUGCCGUGGCGAAGAACCUUCUGAAGUACCACUCACAUACUGUUGAGUUGGUUAUCGGUGGUGCAGCUAGGAGAGGUGAAGCAGAACGUCUUGUAAAAGGAGUAAAUCUAUUGGUUGCAACCCCUGGUCGACUUCUUGACCAUCUCCAGAAUACCAAGGGAUUCAUAUAUAAGAACUUGAAGUGCCUCAUAAUUGAUGAAGCUGACAGGAUUAUGGAAGCAAACUUUGAGGAAGAAAUGAAACAGAUUAUUAAGCUUCUACCCAAGAAAAGGCAAACAGCUUUAUUUUCAGCAACCCAAACUACGAAGGUUCAAGAUCUUGUUAGAUUGUCGUUGAAAGAAUAUCACUUGAUUGAUGUGGAUGGUGGGAGAACUAAGGUCACCAAUGAAGGGCUGAAACAAGGCUAUUUUAUUGUGCCCAGUGAGGAGAGAUUUAUUCUCCUAUAUUCAUUUCUGGUGGCGACUCGGUCUAAGAAAGUGAUGGUCUUCUUCUCUUCUUGUAACUCAGUCAAAUUCCACUCGGACCUUCUUAGAUACGUUAAUGUGGAUUGCUUUGAUAUCCAUGGAAAGCAAAAGCAACAGAAGAGGACCAAAACGUUUUUUGACUUCUGCAAAGCAGAGAAAGGAAUCUUACUCUGUACUGAUGUUGCUGCUCGUGGCCUAGAUAUUCCUGCUGUGGACGUGAUUGUGCAGUUUGAUCCUCCAGAUGAUCCCAAGGAAUAUAUCCAUAGGGUCGGUCGAACAGCUCGAGGGGAAGGUGGAAAAGGAAAGGCAUUUCUUUUCCUCAUUCCCGAAGAGAUGCAGUUUAUUCGCUAUUUGACGGCUGAAAAGGUCCCCGUUGAAGAGCAACAAAUUAAUAAGAAUAAGCUGAAAAAUGUGCAGUCUCAAUUGGAGAAGAUGGUUGAGGGCAACUACUAUCUGCGCCAAGCGGCAAAAGAAGCAUAUAAAUCUUAUCUAUUAGCAUAUAAUUCACACUCUAUGAAGGACAUCUUUAACGUUCACCGUCUCGAUCUGCAGGCGGUCGCAGCUUCAUUUUGCUUUUGUAAUACCCCCAAGGUGAAUUUGAACUUAAACAGCAGUGCAUCAAAGUUCCGGAAGAAGAUGCGCAUAGGAGGAAGUCGAAAUGGAUUCAGCGAGAGCAAUCCUUAUGGAAUGCAAAAAGGUAGAGAUGAAAUUCGACAAUUUGUGAGGCAUUAG